GAUUAUAUUCCAGUUUAGUAUCACAAAUCCAUCCUAUAGAGAAGGUCGAAUUUAUUAUUUUUAGUUUAGGUUUUCAAUCCUACACAUCCAAGUUAUCAUCGCAGUAGUAUUUUGAAAGAAUUUUAUAUUUUUUUAUUAUUAAUAUUACACCUCGGCUUUGUUGAUAAUAAUAAGUAGAUAUAUUGUUCUCCAGUUCAAAAUAGACUGUACCAAGAUAAGUGGAUUUAUAGUGUUGGAAUCGUAUUGUUUUUUUUUUUUUUGUUUUGAAUUCUAAUAUUUUACCACCAAUUGUUUUGAGUCAAAAUUUGUGAUCCACUGAAAAGUUAUUGCUAUCGGAUUUUUAGUGUUGAAAUCGUAGUGUUGUUUUUUAGUGUUGAAUUCUAAAUAUUAUCCACCAAAUUUUCUUUGUGUUGGGGUUUCAAAAUUAUUUAUAAUCCACUAAACAGUUAUUGUUAUUUGAAAAUCGAUAAUAUUCCUGAUUUUGUUUCAAAGUUGAUAAAAUAUAGGGUAGGCCUACUGGUUUUUUUUUCUCAAAUUUUCGCAUCAAUCUGUGAUACUAAAUACUUCAAAAACGUCAAUUAAACAGUGUUAACUUAGUUCUCCAUUCAAUACUUUUCGAUUUCAAUUUUUGUUUCAACAAAACAGUUUUAAUUUCCUAUUUUUUUGGGGUAAUUUUGUUGAGCUUUCGCUACCAAAAAAUGUCGAGUUACAGUGCUAUGUGUAGUGAGGAUAGGGCUGUUUUGAAUACUAUUUUCAACCCCCUCCUACCUCUCGGAGAAGUUUAUACUGAGGAAUUUCUGCCCAUUGAAAAGGGAGAGGAUACUGCAGAUUUCGACAGAUGUCAGACGGACUUGGACCGGCAGGCGGUCAGCUUUGAGCUGAAAGGCGUGCAAUUAGCUGAGUCAGGCGAUUUGAGUGGAGCGGUGGACGCGUUUUCGCGCGCUGCUCAGAAGGCACCUCACCGGCCGGCCGCUUACAACAACCGCGCUCAGGUCUACAGAAUUCAGGGCAACAUUGACGCCGCCAUGUUGGAUCUGAACAGAGCUAUAGAACUGAGUGGUGGAGGUCGAGGCAAGUCUGGUUCCCAGGCUCUCUGCCAGAGAGCGCUGCUUCACCUUAAAAUGGAGAAUCGGGAGGGCGCUGUUGCCGAUUUUACCGCGGCUGCAAGACACGGCAAUCGUUUCGCAAAGACUCAGCUGGUGAAACUGAACCCAUAUGCUGCCCUUUGCAACCAAAUGCUAUCCAUCGCCAUGACAACCCUCCAUAGCCCACCCGCCAAAAAUAAUUGAAAUAAUUGCAAAAAACGUACAGUUCGGAACCCACCUAAACAUACAGUCCGGGUCUUGUAGCUUUGCCUAUCGGCGGAGCGCCACUAGACUACAAUACUACCC